AUGGAGAAGUAUAAAAAGGAGUGGAAAAAGAUAGGAUGUACUUUGAUGUCUGAUGGAUGGAGUGAUCGGAAAAAUAGAUCUCUCAUUAAUUUUUUGGUUAAUAGCCCGAGUGGAACUGUUUUCCUUAAAUCUGUCGAUACCUCAGAUGUAGUAAAAGAUGCUCAGAAGUUGUUUGAGUUGCUUGAUUCAAUUGUGGAGGAAAUUGGGGAGGAAAACGUUGUGCAUGUGGUGACCACUAGUGCUUCUUCUUAUGUGGCUGCUGGUGAUUUAAAUUACUCCAAGAAGAAAGAAUUGAAGAGGCCGGGGGUUACAAGAUUUGCUACAUCAUUUCUCAUUUUGAAAAGUAUUGAUGACUCUAAACUUGCUCUUAGGGCAAUGUUUGCAUCGGAAGAGUGGGCUAGAUGUUCUUAUUCUCCUAAUAUGGAGGCAAAGAAAGUAGAGGCAAUCUUAUUAUUGGAUGACAAGUUUUGGAAAUCUAUUAAGUAUUGUUUGAAGUGUGCAAGUCCUCUCAUUAAAGUUUUAAGACUUGUGGAUGGUGAUGCAAAACCCGCAAUGGGUUACAUAUAUGAAGCCAUGGAUAGAACAAAAGAACAAAUUGCUCAAAAUUUCAAUUGUCAAAAGGCAAGAUAUGAACGCAUUUGGCAUAUUAUUGACACAAGAUGGGAUUUGCAACUCCAUAGGCCACUUCAUGCGGCGGGCUAUUUUCUCAAUCCCAAGUUCCAAUAUAGUGAUUCUUUCAAUGCGGACAUGGAAGUAAAAAUGGGAUUGUACAAGACAAUAGAGAAAAUGUAUCCCGAUCUUGCAACAAGAAUCAAAAUUGAUCAACAAUUAGAAAAGUUUAAGAAAGCGGAGGGAUUAUUUGGCAUGAGCAUGGCUAUUUUCACUAGAGAAAAGAAGCAACCUGCUUUAUGGUGGGAAAGUUAUGGGGAAGAAUGCAAAGAGCUUCAAAAUCUUGCCAUUCGGGUUCUAAGCCUUACAUGUAGCGCCACAGGAUGCGAAAGAAAUUGGAGUGCAUUUGAGCAUGUGCAUUCCAAAAAGAGAAACCGUUUGGAGCAACAAAGAUUAAAUGUUCUUGUGUUUGUCAAGUACAACAUUCAACUUUAA